UUUGAAUUUUUUUCAAAAGCGCAUUAGUCAUGCUGAAGACUCUUCAAGCUUGAAAUUUAUUUUGAGACAUUGUUGGGAAACGAUAAUGUCUACUGGAAAAGGAGAGUUUCUGGAACCAGACUAUGGAACUGCAGACACAAGUCACUAUGUGGAAAAUUGGGAUCAACCAUCUUUGGAACCUUCUCAGACGACAGCUUCUGUCCACCUUUCGUAUCUCAAAAACUUUUUCGACUUGGACACUUCCGAUUUUCUAUCUCGUUGUCGACGAGCACUGUUUCCCAUUGGCAAGAAAAUUCUUGACAACCCGGAUAACGAAGAAGCCGACAUUUAUGGUUGGGUAUGGAUACCCACAACCGUAAUAUUGGUACUAUCCGUCAACUCCAGUUUAUUUACCUUUUUCAAUGCGCUAUUCCAUCAGCAAGAUGCGUCAGUUUCCCGUAUAACUGGUGUUAAUUUCCGGAAGUUCUGGAUCUUCAGCGUUUUGGUGUAUGGCUAUAACAUCGUUAUUCCGGCAACCUUAUGGGCGAUUCUUGUUUGCACCCGAAGUCGACAACCUAUUUUGCAUCUGUUGUGUAUUUAUGGUUAUUCUUCCACAAGUUACAUUUUUGCUUCACUCAUAAGCAUUAUACCUUUUGAAGUUGUUUAUAUUGUUUCAUUUGUGAUUGCCUCCAUUGUUUCUUCUGUCACACUAUUUCGUAACUUUUUCAGUGAAGAUGAGGUUACUGGCUCUUCCCGUUCUCUGUAUUUAUUUCAGAUAAUAGCCACGUUGCUGCACGCUGCUUUUGGAAUAGGAUUGUUGAUGGUGUUUUUGUAUGGAUCCUGAUAAAGCAGUGGAGUUGCUUAACUAUACAAAUAAAGUGUUGCAACAUAAAUACUAUUAAAGAAACUCUUUGCUUCGUCAAUUUUCUGAAGAUAAAUUUUAAUCUUAUUGU